UACACAAGGAGGACAGACUGAGUGAAGAGUGAGAGAGGAGUUAGGCAGGGCUGUAUAUUGUCACCAACCCUUUUUAGCCUGUAUACAGAGGAGCUAGCAGCCAGGAUGAGAAGAAUGAAUGUAGGGGUAAGUGUGGGGGAAUGAUAAAGUAUGUGUACUCCUUUAUGCAGAUGACGUAGUUGUUAUGAGUGAAUGGCAGAUGAGCUUCAAAGUUUGUUGGAUGUAGUGGAUGGCUAUGGUAAAGACUUUGGAGUAAGGUUUAGCAGUGAGAAAAGCAAAGUAAUGAUUGUGAAUAGAUCAGAGGAUGAAAGUAAUGUGGUAUGGAGACUUGGAGAGAAUGAGUUGAGACAGGUGCAGGAAUACAAGUACUCAGGGAUGUGGAUGAGUCCUAGUGGGUGUGCAAAGGCAAAGAAUGAAAAGAUAAAUAUGCUAAACCAGUGGGUAGGUCGACUGGGAAGCGCGGCAAGGAUGAGAGCAAGUAAGUAUGAUGUGUUGAGAGAAGUGUGGAAGAGUGUGGCUGUCCCAUGUAUAAUGUAUGGUAUGGAUGUGAUUGCAUGGAAGGAAAAUGAAAUUGAAAAGUUAGAAGUGGGCCAGAAUAGAGUAGCAAAGAUUGGCACUGAGUCCACCGAGGGGCACAGCAGUUGAAGCCUUGAGAGGUGACAUCGGAUGGCGCACCUUUAGGGAAAGACUCACAAAAGCCACACAAGAUUAGGCUUGAGAGAAUGGAUGAUGCAAGAAUAGCAAGGAAGGUGUACCUGUGGAAUGAAAGUGGAAGCAAAUGGAGGAAGAGAUGCAUGAGAAUGACAGACAGGAGUGGAUUGCAAGUUGUGUGGGCGAUAAGAAUGGCUGGUAGGAAUGAAAAUGAGCGUGAAUGGGUGGUAACAAGAGGAGGCAGAGUGGGAGCCGAAUGGGAUGUGAGAAAAUGGAAGAAUGAGAUAGACAAAGAAGUGAAAUGUGUGGGACUGAAUGAAUGGAAGAAUGAGAUGGAAAGAAAGAAGACCCUGGAAUGGUACAAGGAGAAAGAGGCCCCGAGGUAUGAAAGGUGGUAUGAUGGAAGCCUGGGCGGUGAUCUUCUCUUCCGAGCGAGGGCACAGUGUAUGGAUGUGAAUGCAAGGAGUUACAGGUGGUCUGAGUCCCUGUGCCAGAUGUGUGACAUGGGAGAGGAUGAGACGGUGGAACAUGUGGUGCUGGAGUGUGUGCAGUAUGCCAGAGACAGGAAUGAGAUGAUGCAAGUGAUACUGACUGAGUUAGGGCAUGAUACGAAUGAAAGAGUGGAGAACACAGGAAAGGAGUGGAUGGUGUUGUUACUGGGACUGCGUAGAGAGGCCAAUGAAAGGAUGAUUGAGGCGGUGAAGCAGUUUCUGGAGAGAAUGUGGCGUGCCAGGUGUAGGAACAAUUAGUAUAGAUGAUGCUGUUCGUUUCUCUCUUUUUUUUACCCUUCUACAGGAGUUGCCGAUCCAAAGGCCUGGCUCAGGAGUGAUCCUGUGCCACCUGUACCAUCAAGAUCAAGAUCAAGACAACAGUUCCCUCGUGUUUACUACCACAGUGCAUAGAAAUCUUAUCUUUUUUCGCAAAUUUCUCAAGUAAUUCCCCACCCCGGAGGCCGCCCCCAGUACCCCAGUUCCCUGCAUCCAUGGUUUUAAUUGUUAUUCUUCAAGAGGUGAGAGAGGCAAGGGACGAGAGACGCAAGGGAGAGAAGCAAGGGAGAGAGACAGAGUUGACCCGUCUGGCUCCUCUCUGGUGGUGAAAGCAAGUGACGGCAAGAUGGUGAUGGUGACCCUGCCCAACCCCCUCCAGGAAAACUUGGAGGGGGUGACUGAGGGAGGGGCAGGGUGUGGGUCAGGGGCAGAAGGUGACGUGCCAGAGUGACGUCACGUUCCCCCAAAUGCAGGCCGGCAAGUUUGCUGACGUCACCAGUCGUCAGUGCACGGCGGGUGCUGCAAGGGGAACUGCAGGAGGUGGACCUGUUCAGCAUCUCAUCCCUCCCUGCCCUCUCCCCUGACAGGAGCAUGCCAGACCCAGGGGUGCCCAAGGAAACGACAAGGGGCACUACCUCUAUGCAGACAAAACCUAACCAACCAGCUUAACCUGAGUCGCCCCUGGAACCGCCCCACCACAGAGGAGGAGGAGGAGGAGGAGGAGGAGGAGGAGACAGUCAUGGAUGAAGGGACGUCACAGAUCAUGCACAUUUGCUUCCAUAUUGGGUUGCGGUGGAAACUGGCGUACAGCUGUGCCUGAGCCUGCCGUGGACGCAUUCCCAGCCGACUUCUACCAGAACAGCUCGGACAUGGCUGGCCAGGACAACCACCGCAACACAGACAUGCACGCACCUGAUAUGGACAUGAAAAUGGAGGGACAGGAGUCCCAUGUGAUGGUGUCCGACAGGGAUGCCUCAGUGCAGGAGGGGGAACGGCAGGCAGAGACCCGCAAGUGCCCCUGGGAGAAGCCUGGAGGCAUCAAGGUCAACAGAAAGAAGGUGCCAGGAGCCAAGAACCUCAAGGUCCGCAGGUACGUGCAGCCCAAGAAUGCCAUCGUGUGCCUGAAUGAGCUGCGGCCGGGCGUCACCUACACCAUGGAACAGGAGGGAGGCGUUUGCCAGCCAUUUUGCAUAUCUGUGGAGGUACCUGGUGCGGUUGACGGGCAGAAGUACCGAGGGUUUGGGUCUUCAAAGCAGCUGGCCAAGCAGGCAGCAGCUGAGGCGGCGCUGAUCGGCUUCUUGAAGCCGCCCGUCACCACACCAGAGAACCAGGAGGAAGACAAGACCCCCUGGGCCACCCUGGGGCCGACGGGCUGGCUCAGGAAGGCUUUCAUACCUGCAAUGUCAGAGCUACUCAGUCCUUAA